AUGCAGGUGUCCAGAAUACGAGAUUUCAUAACCAGGCCAUUCCAAAAUCUGACCGCCUUGGAGAAAGUGGUGCAAUGGUUACGGCUAGGAACGACACUGCUAAUUAUUUCUUUCGGGUUAGCGUUGACUGUUGGACCCCUUUCCUCACCGAGAACAUUGUACAUGUCGCGACUGGAUACCUAUUCUGCCGAUAUUACAACAGGUUUAUUCACCGUACUAAGAAAAUCCAUGGAACAGUCAACAUCUACAGAAGAAAAUAACGGUGUAGGUCUGACAACAUCCGAAUUAUAUAUCCUGACUGCAUACACAGAGAGCCAAAUCAAAAAUGUUCCUCAAUAUAUCACAGUGUCACUUUAUGGCAGAUGUGAUUCCACCUAUACUAUGAUAGAGGUAUUCGAUUCAGAGGGAAACAUGCAUAGUGUAAAGAAUUCAACUACUAAGAGUACCUGCACGAGCGCAGGAACAAAUUACCUUUUUGACUAUCGUGAAGUUUUAGCAAAUCUGGGCUUAGAUAUUGUUUUAGAUUAUGCCUACAACAAAAUUGGUUCACAACAGGCUGAGAGCUCUGCAUAUAUGACGUAUAUGAAGGGACUAAAGUAUAAAAAGGCCAAUGUGUUACAUUUGCUCUAUGCAGUUAUCAGUUUGCAGGUGUGUAUCUUAUUCUUCAUGAUAUGGUACUACUAUAUAAAGGGAAGAUUUCUGAAUGCGCUGAAAGAAAGAGCACUUGUUCAUAUCACUUCUCUACUAUCACUGGUAGUUUUCAUUGGUGGUCUAACAAGUACCAUAAGUCUCGCUUGGGUCAACUACACUAUACAGUCUAGAAUCAACACAGAAUUAGAGGCAUUUGGGUUUUCUUACCAUCUUGGUGUCGCGUGGUUUGCCCUCCUGUGGUGCUUUGCAGGUUUAAUCUCCGUUUCAUGUUUAGCCUGGUCAGGUUUGGAAUGGUGUAUUUCCGAUAACGGAACGUCCUAUGGAGGUGGAGUCGAUGAUAAAUUCUUGGGUUACCAAGCUGGCGUAUUUACUGAUGCAGAUAUGGAUGAUGAGCUUUCCUACAAUCAGCGUUACCCACAGCGACAGUCUACUUCGGGUGAGGCUGAACUGAUGAGAAAUAGUGAUACCAUGGCAACGAUAAGCAAGAUUGCCAAUGGUAUCCCUAAUAGGCCUGAGCAAGUCACCACAAAUUCAGAUUUUGGAAAUGACACCACAGACAUAGAAGAUAGCGAUAGGAACGUGCCAUUUUCUAGUAGAGAGGAAUUUGAAUUGCAGGACAUAAGAUUCCGUUCAAGCAACGACAGCGAAGAGAGUGUGCAAAGGGUUAUCAAGCCUUCAUCCGCAUUACAAUUUUGA